ACAAUGAAAACCAGAGAACCAAACCCUCCAACCUUCAACCCAAACAAGAACAACACAACCUAAUACAAAAGAGGAGUGCCUCUCCUUCCUCUGUGCCUUGUCAAGAUUCAGAAAAAUUGCAAACAUGGGUUGUGGUGAAUCCAAGCACCAAGUCGCCAAUGGAAGCGCCAUUGUCCGGAAGAAAUCAAGUAUUGCAUCUAGGUGGAGCAGAAGCCGGGAAACCUCCCAAGAAACAAGCACAAAAAAGGCCAGAACAACCUCGCCUGACCAAAGUAAAGGUGAGGAUAUCAAGAAUGUCUCCGGUGAAGGAGUGGUUAAAAGUGCAGAAACAAGAAAGGAGGAUAGCAACACAAGCACAUUGACGCAACAGAAAGAUGUUGUCAAGAAUGCAGGUGGGGUUGAAACUGCAGAAACAAAAACAGAGGAUGUCAAGAUUGAGGCUCCGGCAGAUAGGAAAGAAUUGAAGGAAGGAGAUGAAGAGGGCAAUGUUGUUCAGGAGAAAGAGCAAAGCAUUGGUUCGAAAAAAGAUGAGAAAGCUGUUGAGGGUAUUGCUUUAGAGGGAAAGUCUGGAAUGGGGAAUGAGUGUUUGGUUAGUGAGAAAGCGAAAGAAAAAGAAACUCCGGAUGAGAAAAAGAUUGAUCAAGAAAUAAAAGAAGAAAUCUUGGUGAAGGAAAAAGAAGCAGGGGAGCCUUUGAAGGAAGAGAAGGCCAAGGAAACAGAACCAGUGAAAAGCAUUGAAGCAGAGGAGCCUGUAAGUUUGAAGGAAACAGAAACGGAGAAACCCACUGAAGCAGGGGAGGCUGCAAAUGUGAAAGAAGAUGCCUUGGUCGAGGAAACAGGAGCGGUAAAAGCUGUUGAAGCAGAAGAGCCGACAGUUGUGAAGGAAGAUAACUUGGUCGAGGAAGCAGUAGCACUGGAAUCCAUUGAAGCAGAAAGACCAGUAAAUGUUGAGGAAGAUAACAAACCAGUAAAUGUUGAAGAAGAUAGCCUGGUUGAGGAAGCAGUGGCACUGGAAUCCAUUGAAGCAGAAAAACCAGUAAACGUUGAGAAAGAUAACAAACCAAUAAAUGUUGAGGAAGAUAACCUGGUGGAGGAAGCAGUGCCACUGGAAUCCAUUGAAGCAGAAAAACCAGUAAAUGUUGAGGAAGAUAACCUGGUGGAGGAAGCAGUGCCACAGGAACCCAUUGAAGCAGAAAAACCAGUAAAUGUUGAGGAAAAUAACCUGGUGGAGGAAGCAGUGCCACAGGCACCCAUUGAAGCAGAAAAACCAGUAAAUGUUGAGGAAGGUAACCUGGUGGAGGAAACAGAAACAGUACAAGCCAAGGAAGCAGCAGAGCCUGCGAGUUUGAAGGAAGAAAACUUGGUCAAGGAAACAGAAAGAGAAGUUUCAGAAACCCAAGCAGGAGUACAGGAUUUGAAUGAGAAUAAGGAGGAGGAACCUGCUGGCUCGGCAACAGAGGAAUUGAAUACGGCCUGAAGAUAGAAAUUGAAGACAACCCUGGCGCCUGUUCGGCAUCUGAAGUCUGUUCAUAAUGCUGUAUUGUUAUAUAUUUCGAUUUUAUGUACUGAAAUUGUGAUGCUUCUCUUAAAACCUGAACAUAAGGGUUGGGAAAUUUAAGAGGGAGCGUUAAAAGAAAGUACAAUGUGUUUGUCUCAUGGUAUAACAUGGCUUUUGCUAUUUACUGAUCUGCUUGAUGAUUCAAUGGUUUUUCUGGCAUUGUAAUGUCAUUAUAUGACUGAUGAUUUAUAUUUAAGGGAAUACAUGUGCUAUUGUAUU